AUGAUUGUAUCGGGAGGAUUCAAGCGCAAGGGUUCCGCCAGCUGGUGGGACGAAGAUUUGAUUGCUGAGGCCCCGGCCAUGCAACCUCAGAAGAAGCAGUGUUUGGUGGUGGGUGGUGAUGGAGUGGGUUUCAAGCGCCCUGACAAUGGUUCUACCAGGUCAGUCUCUCCCGCAGCCGGCAGUCAAGCGUCUGCUCCACUAUCCUCCUGGGCACAGCUAGCUCCAAUCCCUGCCGUUGGAUCUACCGUACGCAUCGCCGGCUCUGCUGUUGUGAGCCAUCCACCUGCUGCUGCGACUGAAGGGGCAAGAGUGUUGGAUCCAUUGUCGGCAUUGUCAGUGGCUUCACAAGGGGCAGCCCAGGCAGCAGAUUCUGCAGAGCAAACCCAGAGGGAUCAAGCGGAUGGCAAAGGGCUGGGCUUGGAGCGGCCGCCUAUUCACCGCCGGAGCGCUACAGAGAAGCUUAGAAGACACCGGAUCAGAACAGACAUGGCAUCGCUGUUAGCUUCUGCUGUGGACUUCAUUAGGGAGCUGGAGGACCGUAAGGCCCAGCUUGCACAAGCUUACGCUGAGCAAGUACGAUCAUAA